GGGCCUUCACGGCCUGUUACAGGGGUAGCUUUACUUUACUUUUACUUUACUUUUUUUUUUUUAGGAAAGUCUAGACAUUCUUUAUCGGGACACUUAGUUUUAAUGUCGAUAAUUCAUUGCAGCGGAACUCUUGGGGCGAGGUCACCUGCGUUAUGUAAUAAACUGACUUAAUUAUGUGACUAUCUUGGUUUAACAUAUCAUGAAUUUAAUGACGUAAAGGAUGUCUGCAUAAAAUAGCCUAUUGAAAUAUAGUGAUGUAGCAUAUAAUCAUGAGGCUUUGUAUUCAAAUAUCGGUUUGUUAUUAUGUACGGGAAAUGAUCGAUGCAAAGGAUUAUGGAUGUAUGUAAAUGAAAGCGUCUGAUUUCUAACAGGAAUUGGAAGGUUCCAUUUUAAGUACACAUGUAUUUUCCUAACGUUCUCUUUACGACUUUAGUGCAUAAUUGAUGUUCAUUUGUUGUAAAUUAAAAACUGCUAUUGCAAAGCCAAUUAGCUGCACUGAUGUGGUUUGGCAUAAAGACAUAUGUUGAUUUAAGUUAUCUUUAAUGAAAUAUAAACAAAAUGGGAAAUGUCUUGAGAAUAAAAGUAAUUGUUCGUAUUAUGUCAAGUUCCAGGUAUUUGGUAUUCUUGAUAUGACCCAUAUAUAUAUCGUAUUACAUCAAACUUAAGACGAAUCCAGUUUUUUACUUUGGAUUUUAGGAAAAAAUUAGAUAAGUGCACAUACCUCUAAUUUAAGACGCACCUCAGUUUUUCAACGGGGGAAAAAUGUGUAAAAUGUGCAUCUUAUAAUCGCUGUAAUACGGUAUAUUUUUUUUCAAGAGAAAGGGAUACAUUAAAUUGUGAUAAAUUUCAUACUGGCAAAGUUUCGUCAAAUUGGAUUAGAUUAGUGUAGGCUGGUGCAAGAAAACAUCACACACCUACCUAAACAUCUGCCUGAACACACACUUGUGUUUUCAGUUCCAUAUCCCGUCAGGUUAGAUUAGCGCAUCAAAGCUCUGCAAGUACACAUCUGGGGAAGGCUUGGUUAGAUUAUGCUACGAUAAAUUAGGUUGGUACAUUAGAUAACUGUACUUCUGCCUGCGAUUUGAAAUUUUCGGAUAGUUUGUAUAAAUUUAGCGUCUUCGUCCAUUUACCUACUCAUUCAACAUUAGCGCACUUGACUUCCAUAGCAGCCACAGAUGGCAGCAGCUAUCACAGGAACGAAUUUAGUAUGCUUGGCCGGCUUGACGUAUUCUGUUCGUAAACAAUUAGUAAAUAAGUAAUGUGUUCGAUGUAAAAAGGAAUGGGAUUGAAAAAUGAAGAGAACUUUCAGAAGAAAUGCAGGCUCUGUGGCCGACUUGGAAGACGAUUUACAGACAUUUUUACUUCGCAGCUGUCAUCUGCCGAAACUAAACCAAAAAAGAAACUUUCACAGCUUAUAUACAAAUGUCUUCAGCUACAAAUUAAAGAAGAUGACAGUUUACCAAAGAAAGUAUGUGAUGAUUGCAACAGGAAGCUUGCCUCUUGGCAGAACUUCUACAGGAAAUGUGAACGGACACAGAAGAAAUUACAACAGUACUUAGAGAACUGGCAGAAGUCUUCAUUUUAUGUAUCCAGUUCUGGUCAGCAUUGUGUCACAUAUUCAGAUAACGAAAGUUCCGAGAUUUCUAGGGGUCUCUCUCAGAUUUCACUUGCUGACAAAAUUCCUGCCGAAGCAUUCCAGAAUAAAACUCAUGUGCUGCCACAGAAAGAGAAUGAUACCUUGUCUGUGAAUUCAUUGUCAAAAAAUGACAUACCUGUGAUAACUCAGAAGUUAAACAAUAAUAAACAGAAGUAUAGGGAAAACACUAUUAAAGUAAAAAAUGUAAAUGAGUACAGGAGGAACAAAGGUAGAGUAAAGAAAGAAGGAGCUGGAAGCCAGAAGAAAAAUGCCUGUGCAGGAGAGAGUGAUCUUACUGCUGAACAAGCACAUGACAUAGUAAUAGCAGAAGAAAAUGAACGGCUGCAAACAAAUUCCUCAGUAGAUGCUACAGAUUUUGUUAAAAAAGCAAAACUCUUAAAAAGGUCCUUGAAGAGUAAGAAAUCCGUUGAAAUUCACCAGUGCCAUAUUUGUGAGAAGACUUUCCCCAGUCGUGGGAAGUUGAAGGCGCAUGUUGCAACCCAUCUGAGUCUGCCAGAAUUUCAGUGUGACAAAUGUAGUAAAAAAUUCCGUUCCAAGUUCUCACUCAGGAGUCACCUGGAGACACACUCAGCAAACCGAAAUUAUUGUUGUCACUGCUGCGGGAGACUGUUCCAUACAGCCUCAGGACUGUGUAACCAUGUGAAGUUACACAGUGAAGAAACAAAGCGGUUCACCUGUCCACUUUGCAGCAAGCAGUUCCGUCAGGCUGGUCACCUUGAGCAGCACCAGCGUACCCACACAGGUGAACGACCUCACCAUUGCACAGAGUGUGAGCAGAGAUUUACCACACGCUGCCAACUGAGCCGUCAUAUUCAAGGAGUGCAUCGCUGUGCUAAGAAGCAUAAAUGUCUUAUGUGUGGCAAGGAGUUCCUAUAUAGCACCAACUUCAAAGCACAUUUGUUGAGGCAUGCAGGUCAGCGAAAUAACAAGUGUGGGGAGUGUGGCAAGACGUUUGUGACCAGAAAUGCCCUCUUUAGACACCGUCGAUCCCAUACAGGCGACAAACCAUUUCAGUGUGACAUCUGUGGAAAAAAGUUUGCGGACUGCAGCAACCGGAAACGUCACACUCUGCGUCAUCUGCAGCAACCUGUCAUACCCAGGGGACGGAAAAGUGGGCCUCGGCCCAAACUGGCUCGUGUAACGAAUCUGAAUGACGUGGCUUCUGCUCAACGUGAACGAGCUCUGUCAAAUAUAGAGAUACAACCGUCUGAGGGUCAAGACAGUAUGAAGGUGUACAGUAAGCUGGUUCAGGUUUCUUCAUCAUCUUCAGUAGGCAGCAGUAAGGCUCAGGGAAACAGAAAUAUUAAUUCUAGCAAGGGGAUCCAGAUUUCAGGUGAAGUUGUGCAGAUGCGUAGCAGUGAUAGUGCAGAGUUGGGUAAACUAACAAGUGUACGCCCAAGCCAGUUAGCACAGCAGCUGUGUGUUAGCUCAACAAGCAGCCAACCUACAUCUUAUAACAACCUUAUAAGUGAUAGUUCAAACAUAUACGUGAAUCUUUCUCAAGAUCUGCCCCAAUUCAUACAACUCUGUAAUCAGAAUACAAACCUCUUAAUUGAGCCCAUGGUCCAUGAUGUCACUCAGCUAGUACAAAGUGGUGAUACAGAGAGGCAGUGUGCUGAUCAGUUGGAUCCUCUUCCAAAGGAGAACUUAUGUCAUUUUGGUCAGAAACUGAAGCCCAGUACAAAAAGAAAUGACUCACCUUUAUGUACUACAAAUGUGAUUCAUGAAAAUUAUGUUCAGAAAAGUACAGAUGUUUCCAUUGACAAAGCUGAUAAAACUAAGUUGUAUCAAAGUCAGGAUGAUAGCAGGAGCAUGGAAAUAGAUAAGCCUAAGACAUAUGCAAAUUUGCGUACCUUUCUUGAAUCAUCUGAAGUAGUAGAAACACUCUCAGGUGGCAGGAAUGAUGAUACAGGUGAUGAUAAUGGUCUGGUAAAUGUAGAAUAUGUAACGCUAAUGGCAGAUGUUGGAAACGAAUUCAACUUUACAUCAGGAAUGCAAGAGAUCAUUGUACUUCCUCAUGAAACCAGAAUUUCAGAUUAUGAUUUAUCAAAGAAUGCUGGCAAGUUUCGAAUAGUGGUACAAGGUAGUGAGAAUAGCAGCAACAGAAAAAGUGCCUUCAGCAAAGAUCAGAUCAGAAAAGAAAAGACAGAGUCUGUGACUGUUUUGACACAGACUCUUCCAUCAUCUCAGAACAGAAAUGUCAAGACCCAUUUGCCGCUUACAGUUGAAAAGGGAAAGACUACAAAUCAUAUUUUACAGACAUCCAGUACAAAAUAUAAUAACAUAGUCAAGGUAAUCUUGUCCGACACUGAUGAAAUUAAAUUGUCAACAGACGCUAGAAGUGUAAAUGAUAAUGUUCAGAAUGAAAUGGCGCAUUCCUCUAAUGUAAUACAGGUUCUUCUAGAGACGGACAGCACCAGUGUAACAGCACAGCAAGAAGAAACUGACAAAUCUCGACAAACUUUCCUCGUUUCAUCAGAUACUCUCAGCGAUGAAGAUGCAAUUGUUCGAAUGUUGAACAGUCAAGGAACCGUAAUGUUAUCAACAACUGGAACAGGUUUUGACUUGACAGACUCUCAUAUUGCUGAAGGGAGAUGUCUGACUGAAAGUGCUAGCGAGGCAGUUGGAAUGGCUAUUACCGAAGAUCAGAACCACGCAGCUUCAAAUUUUAAAUCAUUUUCCAGUGUAGACGAUACAGUAGUCCACGAAAUUUCUGGCAAGAAAGAAAAUAAUAGAAAUAUCAAUUUGAUUGCUUCUGAUUACAGUCGUGAAACUUCCCUUGCAGCUGCGAUUACUUUGGAUAAUUCAGACGUGAACUCAUUGGUAAGAAAAGGUGUGCCAGAAGAGGACGAACUCGAGGAUGGGGGCUUGGAGACGAGUGAACAAAAUGAGAUUCCAGUAGGGAGUGUGGAUGAUAUUCAGAUGUUUGAAUUAUGUACAGAAGAAGACUUAACAAAACUUGCCCCUAUAUAUCAGAUAUAUCAAAGUGGUAAGUCAGUAGAGAAUAUUUAAAUUACUGAACACCCAUGUUCAUGAAGCAAGCUGUCUUCUGGGGUGUAGUGCCAUGUAGAUAUUGUGUUAACUGACGUUUCAGAGGAAUGUAUCACCUCCAUCUUAAGGGUAGAAGACAAGAAGAAAUCCGCGAGCGAACUAGUGUGAGCAGGUGCGACAGACCUCUGUUCAUGGUUAGAAAUCAAGGGGAGCAAAAGGAUUAACAUGUUUUGUGUUAACAUGAUUGGAAAAAUGUAUUCUAGUCAAAUGUACAGACAGUACAGAAGGGAUGUUUAUGGAAGGAGUCUUUGUUAUAUUCUAGUCAGUUGUACAGAGAGUACAGAAGGGAUGUUUAUGGAAGGAGGCUUUGUCAUGAGCUGGCCCAUCCUGAUGGAUACGCAGUCCUGGAACAACAGCACAGAUGAGCUGUAUGUUCAUCUGGGAAAGCAUUUCCAUUUCCAUCAACCCUAUAGAAAUUUCACUCGGUUAUGAUGGUGAACUAAAAUUCAGACUAGUGUAGAAGUGUCCCUCAUUACGGACAGCGUCAACUUAUGGAACUAUUUUUGUGAGGAUAACACAUGAUUUAGUGGUUACACAUUGAGUUUGGAUUCGUAUUUAGAAUUAUCGAACUCUUAUAAAUUAUAACUACAAGUAAUUAUAACACUAGCGCUAUUACAUGCACUCACCUUCUUACUACAGAACUUGCUAAGUCUUCUAUGUCUUCGUUAGCCAUUGCCUAGUAACAGAUCCCAACAGUGUCCUCUGGUUAUGUCCUUAUCGGCUGGCUACUUUCUCGCAGCUAACUCAACUGUCAACUCUCAACUGACUCAUGACAUCACUAGCCAUCAGUUAAAGUCAAAGUCACAUUAUGACUGAUGGUCUGUCAUUCAGUCAGUCAGUCUUGGUGUUAAGCCCAAUCUGAGGUUUAUGACAAGAUGUUUAUUACUUUUGGCAGUUCUGGUCUUCUUAUUGUGGGGUGCUCUCUCUGAUGAGAGGACGGGUCCGUCUUUUGUCAGAGUCAAUGUCUGCAGUAUUAAGUCAUUUGUCAUAAUCUAAAGGAUAUUUACAUUUUGCAUGUUAAACAUGUUAAUAAAUGUAUAUAAAAUGUAUACGGGGCCUCUGUUAGCCGUCAGUUACUUAUCUGGUCUGGUUAUAUAGCCUCAGGUCAGACCGCAUAGAAAACACCACAUCAUAGUCAUUUACUGGCCAUGGCAUAGCAACGGCUCUUUGUAUAAUGACGUAAUUUUGUGUUUAUCAUUCCAUUGUCUAGCAGUUGAUGAAGUCUCUUGUUAAAGUAUUCGAUCAUGUCACAAUAUUAAACCAACUCUUAGGGAAAUAGGUUGUGAGAAUGUUAGUAGGAAUAAACUGGCUCAGGAUCAUGUAGGCAUUAGAGAUGCUUAACCUUAGGGUUUGUUUAGCACAGAGAGUGAUAUGGAGCGCAAUGAAAGUGGAGCCAAGAGUUUAAUCUUCAGGGUUGUAUUGUCUUGUAGUUCAAUCUACAUCCACCAGUUUUUCGUAGGAAUGUUUUGCCUCCAUCUUCAGGGUGAAUUGAGUAAACCAACGAAGGAGUCAGCAAACAGGAUGUUUCUUGUUUGUCUUGCUCUUUGACCCUGAAGGUGGAGGUGAUACAUUCCUCUGAAGCACUGAUGGACUUCCACCAAACCUAAUGGCGUCACAACCCAGAAGAUGAUGCUCUUUAUAGUCACCAUUGUGAGAAUCUCAAGUCCAGUGAAAAAGAAGUGGUUUUUCCAGAUUGUUCAAUGACAAUUAUAUUCUUCACCCAAAGCAGUUAGAUUUAACUAAACGUGCAAUUGUUAUACUUAUAUGUAUAACAGAAAUCUGUUAAAUGCUGCAUUAGAAUGUAAGAUUAAUUAUAUUUAUACCUGAGAAGGGAAUGGUCUGAUCCGACAUGUCAAAACCUGCCCUGACUUUUUUUUUCCACUGCAAGAGUACACACAACAAAAUCCACUGUCAAAAUUUUAGCUGCUAAUACGAACUG